AUGUUGAACUUAAAUAGUUUUUCAAAGUCAUCUAUUAGAUGUUAUAGUUCUGUUCAUCAGUCUAUUUCAUUGAAAUACAAGAAUAAUAAUAAUUUUUAUUAUAAUAAUAAAUCAAUCAAUAAUAGUUUUGUAAAUAAUAAUAAUAAUAAAGUUAAUAAUAAUAUAUCAUUUUAUCAACAAACAAAUCCGACUGCCAAUCAAAGAAUUUCAAAUAAUUUAAAUUGUUUACCAAUUAUUUCAUUCAGAGCGAACAAUAGUAACAGUAAUAAUAAUAAUAAUAAUCGAAUUAAUAAGAGUUUACUUGUUGAUAGCUAUGAUGAACAAUCGAAAUUCAAUAGAUGUGGAAUCGUUAGAAUGUAUAGUAUGGUUACACCACCACCAUCACACAUGUCAUCAUCGGUGAAAGGUGGUGGUUCAGGUGCAAACCCACUCGAUAACCAAAAAGAAACUAAAAACUCUGCACUAAGCAUGUUGAAAACCGUAGCGAAAUAUCUAUGGCCAAAAGACGACAACGCAUCCAAAGUUAGAAUCAUAGCAUCCGUUAUCCUGUUGUUUGGUGCAAAAAUAUUCACUGUACAAAUUCCAUUUGUAUUUAAAGAUAUUGUUAAUUAUUUUUCGAGUGUUGCACCCGAUAUGCUGACUGUUCCUUUGGGUCUGUUGGUUGGCUAUGGUACGCUGAGAAUCUGUUCCAAUUUGUUCCAGGAGUUGAGAUCCGCUGUUUUUGCAAAGGUUGCACACAGUGCAAUUAGAGAUGUCAGUUUGACGUCGUGGCGAACAAAGUUCCGUAAGCAAAUGAACUCUAUGGAUAACGAAGCGUCGAACAAGAUGAUGGAUUCACUGCUGAACUUUGAAACCGUAAAGUAUUUCAAUAACGAUAAGGUCGAGAUCGAUCGAUACAACAAGUACUUGAUGGAGUACGAUAAGGCGUCGUUGAAAACCACUAGCAGCUUGUCAUUCCUCAACUUUGGUCAGGCAUUUAUCUUCUCGGCAUCGAUGACCGCCAUUAUGAUAAUGACAGCACAGGGUAUCGUUGGUGGAACACUAACCGUUGGUGACAUGGUACUUGUCAACGGUCUACUCUUCCAAAUCUCACUGCCACUCAAUUUCUUGGGAACCGUUUAUCGUGAGAUCAAACAAUCUCUUGUCGAUAUGGAUCAUAUGUUUUCAUUGCUAAACCUUCAACCAAAGAUAACCGAUAGGGAGAAUGCUAAACCAUUGGUUUAUAAGAAUGGUUCGAUUGAAUUUAAGAAUAUUACAUUCGGUUAUAAUGAAGCAAAGAAUGUGUUGAAUGAUAUUUCAUUCAAGGUAGAAGGUGGAAAGAGAGUUGCUAUCGUUGGAACUAGUGGUAGUGGAAAGUCAACUAUUCUACGUUUGUUGUAUCGUUUCUAUGAUCCUGUUGCAGGCGCAGUUGAAAUCGACGGUCAAGAUCUCAGAGAUAUCACACAACACUCGUUGAGAGACAGCAUCGCCGUGGUGCCACAAGACACAGUUCUCUUCAACGACACCAUUCUCUAUAACAUCAGCUAUGGUAAUCCGAAUGCGACACGCGAGCAAGUCGAAGAAGCAGCUCGGCUAGCACAUAUCCACGAGGUAAUAAUGAACAUGCCCGAAGGUUACGAAACGAUGGUUGGUGAACGUGGUUUGAAGUUGUCGGGUGGUGAGAAACAACGUGUUUCCAUUGCCAGAGCGAUACUUAAGAAUUCACCGAUUUUGUUCUACGAUGAAGCUACCUCUUCGUUGGAUACUGCCACCGAACAAUAUAUCAUGCAAGCACUACGUGGUUUCUUUAAGAAUCGUACAACGAUAAUGAUUGCACAUCGUCUCAGUACGGUUGUCGACGCCGAUGAAAUCAUCGUGCUUGGUCACGGCGGUGUCAUUCUCGAGCGUGGUAGUCAUCAACAGCUUUUGGAACUCGACGGUAAAUACAAAACAAUGUGGUUAGCUCAACAAUAUGAAGAUACAUUGUAA